AUGAGCGUUGCUAACGAAAUGGUUGUCACACCGGCUCGGGUAUUACCCACGCCGGUCAUUAACUAUCAUGUGUCCUCUAAGGAAGCAAUGUUCACACCUAGAAAUGGAUUAUGGAAUUUACGAAAUAAAAAAGUUACUGCUGGUGGGACUCUUAGUUCAUGGUCCGUGAUCGCUUUUGGGAAUGAGCGUGAUUGUCCACACCAAGCAAUCAAAAGUUUUAUUCGAGAGCUGGUAAACAUUUGUUCUGACGCUGGAAUGAAUAUCCUAACCAGAGAUCCCCCUAUAAUUCAUGAAAAUCCAGCAGGAAAUAUAGAAGAGUCUAUGACAAAAGCGUUUAUUCGCGCUGGACAAUUAUCCAAACAGAAACCCCAAUUGGUUCUGUGUAUCCUUCCAUACAAUAGUAGGCAAAUUUAUGAUGCUAUCAAGUUAGCAUCUGAUACAAUCCUUGGUGUUGCAACUCAAUGUGUUCUAAGAAAACACGUAUUUUCAGCGAAAAAGCAGUGUUGUGCUAAUAUAUGUCUCAAGAUUAAUGCAAAAUUGGGUGGAAUGAAUUCUUUUAUAAGACCAGAUUUGGUUCCAUUCAUAACCGAAAGGCCAUCGAUCAUUAUGGGGGCUGUUGUAACGUAUUCCUCACCUUAUAAUACUAAAACGUCGAUAGCAGCACUUUGCGCGUCCUUAGACAUCCGUGCAUCACGAUAUGCAUCCACCAUACGAGUGCAGAGACCGCGAGAAGAAAUGAUUAGUGAUUUAAGUGGCAUGGUUAAGGAUAUGAUAUUGGCUUUCUAUCAG